UCACCGAAGCGGGCGCCCUUUACGCACAUCGUGCGUGCCGGUCAUCAAUCCAGCGAACGAUCUACAAAUUUCCUCUCAAAAUUACCGAUACAGAUAACUACAUCAUACAGCGCAGGUACAAUGCAGGACACAAGGAGAAUGUAAGCGAAAUUUCAGCUUCCUCCGUCAGUUUUAAUAAGAUGAGGUGGAAGAAUAAGCACUACCUGGUCAUAUUGCUGCUGCUUGUUUCCAUUGGUCUCUACUUCUUUCUUUUUGGCCAGGACAACAGUGAUGAAGCAGAUGACAUUCCAUGGGAAAGCAGACGGGUUCUACGCUUUGAUCAAAUCACACGAGAUCCAUCUCGAGUGAUCACAUAUAACUACCCAACCACUGGAAACUAUACCCUCAGUAAUAUCAGCAUUGACCUAUCCAAAGCUGAACCAGAAUGGAAGGAACUCGACCAGCAUAUGGUGGUUGUGACAGGAUUCAGCCAGCAUCAAGCAUACCUUGGGCUGGGAAUGAUUGCCUCAGUACAGGCACAUAUGCCACUCAAGAAGAUCGUUGUCUACAACUUGGGAAUCCAUCCUAAAAUUGUCAAAUCUAUGCAACAGAUGUGUAGUGUAGAGGUUCGACAAUUCAACUUUGACAAUUAUCCAAAGCACGUUCGGAAGACUGAAAACAAAGCCUGGAGAGUGUUUGCAUUAUUGGAUGUCCUCAAUGAAUACGGUGCUUUCUUCUACGUUGAUCCUCACAUCCGUUUCCGUGCCCCACUGAAUCUUCUAUUUCCCUUCAUCGCCCCUCACAAAGGACUCAUCGCAAAAGCAGACAAAAAGAACACAACGUUUGAGACCACCCAUCCAUCUUUAUAUCAUCUCUUUGGUCUCGACAAACUUGACAUCAAAAAGAAUUUCCCUCAUGCCCCCGCUGUAUCCCAAGAUGCACUGCUAGUCGUCAACAGCUCGGACCUUCAUACCAAGUUCUGGAAUCCACUGGUUGCCUGUGCUUCCAAACUGAAAUGCAUUGCACCAUAUGGCGCUGUUCCAAAUGAUGUAACUCCAUAUGGACGCACACACACUCACAGGUAUGACUUCACAGCAGUGACAUUGUUGAUGUAUCGGACAUUUAUGUCCAAGUGGUACACAGAUGCUAGGUUGAAUAAGAUGUUGGAUAGAACACAUGAUUACACUGAUCCUGGAGGUGUGCAUGAUUACAUUUGGGCACAUUACUGUAACCCACCCAAGAGUGACAUUGAUUGCAGCGUUCAAAAACAUAGAUGCUAAUGUGUGUGAAGCAGCUCAAGUGAUAUUACAACUUUAUGGGUGAAUGCUUGAUGUUUAUCUUGAAAACUUGUGCAAGGCUAAUUACUGGUCAGUACAUUCGACUCCCAUUAAUAGACCCCUCUCACAGACCGACAUCUCCGUAGGAAAAUAGCAGCUGGGUAUUCAAUGCCAUCAGGUACAUGUAUGGUGCGCGCAGUGUGCAAAAUAUUUUAAUCACGCGCACAUGUUGCUCGAAAUUCUUCCAAUUACAGCACAGCCAAUGCGCGUCACGAAAAUUUGACUCCCUUAAUGCCGAUGCACGUGACAAUCUGUAGGCAGUGACGUCAUUUGAGAGGGAUCUAGAACCACACAAAGCCAAAACGUUUGUUAUAUUAGGAUUUGUAUUAAGAUGAGCGUUAGUCCCAUUCAUUGUGCACAUAGCAUUUCUAAAAUAAUUAGUUUGUAUUAAAAAAUCUUGUAUUGUAUUGACAAAUCUGGGGAAAAUACAACUUUGUAAAGAGGGAACAAAAAAAAGGGGAUUAGUUGUUUUUUUAUUUUAUUUGAACGGCUUACUUUCAGCGUCCAUAAGAAUAAUGUCCCCAGUCAAAUAUAUUCCUUCAGAUUCAAUAAUCACAUUUAUUUGAGGUCAGAUUUAUUACGAAUAAUAAACGGUUGAGUGGAUGAGUUGUUUUCAGAGAAUGUUGAUGUUUCCUCUUCCAUGCAAUAUCUGAUUGCAAUAUUUUUUACUUGUAACUACUCAAGUGCUUUCAUGUACAUUUCAUGUAGAACAGUUUUAUAUUGUAGAAAUAAUAUUUGUAUUCAUGUUUGUAUGUAAAAGAGGUUAUAUAUUUUAGUACAUGUACUUUCAAUACUGAUGUUGUUGAACUACAGUCAACAGUACAUUAAACGUGUGUGAGUAUCAAAGUGUAAAGUGCACUUUUACAAUUU